AGUUUUCCAACACUCAUACCCCAAAACGGUCUGCAACACUAAAACGUAUAUGCGUAAUUAACUAUAAUUAUUUGUCCGCUGGAAACCAUAUAGUUUCAAUCUAAUUCGAGCAUCUAUAAAGUGCAGUUCCGUGUGCAUGGAACACUGCGCAUUUUCAUAACAAAAUCGAAACCAAGCUCUAAGUGGAGUGUGAAACUGAUAACUGAUACACCACUACAACGACAGCCCACGCAGCAACUAUACCAACAACGGCAUUAGACAAAGGGUACUAGCCUAAGUACAGUAAACAAAAACAAAACCAGCCAGAUAAUAAAAAGCAAAGCCACAUCAAAAAACAAGAGUUCAACUCAUACACACAACGGGAAAGAGACCACACAACAAUCCAUAUUUCGCAGAAACUGCGAAAACAACUGUUGAAAGAAAUCAGCAGCAACAAGAAAAAAUUUUCCAAACUCGAUAAAUCAUUCAUAUUUUAAUACGCCCUUUUCGGAGUGGUGGUCAGUACUGGAUAAAUCAGCGAUCUAGAAAGUAACGAUGGCGCGCGAAGACGAGGAACGCAUUGUGGCCAACGAGGAAAAUGAAGAAGAAGGAGGCGGUCAGCAGGGACCGGGGCGUGGCGUCCGACAGGAUAAUGAGCUCGCUCUACCCUCCGGCGGCUGUUGCAUGCCCACAAGCAAAAGCCACCGAUUCAUGGCCUUAGUUUUUAUGUGCCUACUUGGAUUUGGUUCUUACUUCUGCUACGAUAAUCCGGGUGCUUUGCAAGAUCACUUUAAGGAGGAUCUUAAGAUUUCUACAACGCAGUUUUCCUUGAUCUAUUCGAUCUACUCGUGGCCCAAUGUGGUUCUUUGCUUUCUUGGUGGUUUCUUAAUUGACAGACUGUUUGGAAUCCGGCUGGGAACGGUCAUCUACAUGUUGAUCUUGUUGGUUGGCCAGCUACUUUUUGCGAGCGGUGGAAUCCUUGACGCCUUUUGGCUGAUGAUCCUAGGACGUUUCAUAUUUGGUAUUGGAGCAGAAUCACUCGCUGUGGCGCAAAACAGCUAUGCCGUUCUGUGGUUUAAGGGCAAAGAACUUAACAUGGUCUUCGGCCUACAGUUGUCGGUGGCCCGAUUUGGUAGCACGGUUAACUUCUGGGUGAUGCAACCAAUCUAUGAUUAUGUCAGUAAGUUUUAUCAAGGACAUCGAGCUCUGGGAGUUGUGCUGCUUUUGGCUACUUUGACAUGCGUAAUGUCGCUGAUCUGUGCACUGAUUCUCGGCUGGAUGGACAAAAGAGCGGAACGGAUUCUUCAGAGAAACAGCAAUCCUGCCGGCCAGAUACCCAAGCUUACCGACAUAUUCACGUUCAAGGCGCCCUUUUGGAUGGUCUCAAUCAUUUGUGUGGCAUACUAUGUGGCUAUCUUUCCAUUUAUUGCCUUAGGACAGAAUUUCUUUGUGGAUCGCUUUGGUUUAACUAAAAAGGAGGCGAAUACCGUGGACUCGUUAGUUUAUCUGAUUGCGGCCGUGUCGUCUCCGGUAUUUGGCUUUAUUAUCGAUAAGCUGGGCAGGAAUGUAACGUGGGUCUUUACAGCCACACUGACCACGAUUGGAGCCCAUGCGCUGCUCACCUUUACCCAGCUGACGCCGUAUGUGGGCAUGAUCAUCAUGGGCCUCUCCUAUUCAAUGUUGGCAGCCAGUUUGUGGCCACUUGUGGCUCUCAUCAUUCCGGAAUAUCAGCUUGGUACUGCCUACGGCUUCUGCCAAUCGAUCCAGAAUCUCGGCCUGGCGGUGAUCACCAUUAUCGCUGGCAUCAUCGUGGAUCACAGCGGCAAAAACCACACUUGGGUACAACUCUUCUUCAUGGGAUGGCUGACCGUCGCCCUAAUCGCCACCGGAGUUAUCUGGGGGUACAACAAAAAACAACGUGGUAAUCUCAACAUGACGCCCCAGCAGAGGGCGAGCUUUGUCAGUGCGGAAAAUUAUCAGAACUUUGAAUAGAAUGGAUGAAUCAGUAAACAGUAAAGGAAGGAACAAAAGGGGCAGCGAACGGAGAACGUACCCGCAGAUCGGAUUAUUAUCGGUUGUAAUGUUAUUCUCUGCGGGUAUUGAAACGCCCUGGUCUUGUCCCACGAUGUGAUGAUGAUGUGUGAUGAUCGGUAUUUACUAACUGCAAUUCUUCGCCAACCAAGAAUGGGGAUAUACAAUACGCCCGGAUCAUCCUUAAAUUGGCCAAGAUUUAAGACUGAUCCGGUCGGCUUAUAUACUAUUUUAAGCGAUAUAUUUUUAGAACAAUUUAUUAUUACAGUUACAGUUAUUGCAGUUUUGUGUCAACGUUUUAAAAAUUAAACUUAAUAUCCAAAAAUCACAAAAGUUAAAGAAACAUUUAAUAUAAAGACUUCUGCGCCUUGGGCAAAAAAUAAAAAAUUACCUUGUA